CCCCUCACCCCACCUACCAGGCCUCAGACCCACACGCAGAACACAGCCCCACGCAGCCACACACCACAGCCUCUCGCCGACCCACAGCCCUGCACAGGGCACUGCCCCCUACACAGCAAACCCACAGCCCCAAUAACCGUAAUCCCACUCGCAAACAAGCCCACACGAAUACAAAACCCUCAGACACACUCGGGUCCGUGCAGACACAAUCCCCACCCCAACAACCUCACGCAGUCACAGCCCCGCACAGGCGCAGUCCCACCCACGCAGUCACACAAUCCGCCCUAUAAACAAUCACACACAAACACGACCCCACACAGUCACCGCAUCACUCAGUCCCUCCGAGACCUAGAGACACAUUCACAGCUCGCAGCCAUUCACAGCUCGCAGCCAGACCCGCACACCCCGUGACAUUCACACGUAGGACAAGCCAGAAAUAUACAGCCACAUUGAUGAUACACACACGAACUGAACGCGAAGCCAAGAGCUCACCUACCGGCUCAUAAGUCACUGGAAAAAUAUUCAAGCGUUCCCUCCCACCCCUUCUAUCUCUGACACGCGCGCGCGCACACACAUACACACAAAUGGAGACACUCACCCCCACCCCCUCUCUCUAAGCUCCUCAGAGCCUCGGAACUGGUGACCCCGAGCCCCCACGGAUCUCAUCUGGCCGCCGCGUUCUGGAAGAGGCGAGGGGGAGAGCGCGCGCGCGCGAGGAAGAGAGCUCUCAGACCGCGAGGGGAAAGGGAGACGGCAAGACGCGCAGCGCCGGCGCUUGGGAGACCCAGGAGAAGCCCGCAGAUAACCAGCCGAGUCAUGCAGUCUUUUCGAGAAAGGUGUGGUUUCCAUGGCAAACAACAGAACUACCAGCAGACCUCACAGGAGACAUCUCGCCUGGAGAAUUACAGGCAGCCGAGCCAGGCCGGGCUGAGCUGUGACCGGCAGAGGCUGCUGGCCAAGGACUAUUAUAACCCGCAGCCUUACUCAGGCUACGAGGGCAGUGCCGGCACGCCUGCCAGCACUGCACGCGGAAGCAAAGGACUGACAUCGCAGCAGGCCCUGCAGGGGAGGCCGGCGUUCUCCAGCUACAGCGUCCAGGAGAGCAGCCCUUACCCCGGCCGAUACUCAGGCGAGGAGAGCCUGCAGGCCUGGGGGACCCCCCAGCCACCACCACCCCAGCCACAGCCCCUGCCAGGGGGCGUGGGAAAAUAUGAUGAGAACUUGAUGAAAAAGACAGCAGUGCCCCCAGGCAGGCAGUACCCAGAGCAGGGUACUCAGCUGCCCUUUCGGACUCACUCCCUGCACCUCCAGCCCCAGCUGCCACAGCCUCAGCAGCCCCUGGCCUACCCUAAGCUCCAGAGGCAGAAACUGCAGAAUGAUAUUGCCUCACCUCUGCCCUUUCCCCAGAGCGGCCACUUUCCCCAGCAGUCGCAGUCCUUCCCCACCUCCUCCACCUACUCCUCUACUGGCCAGGGUGGUGGGCAGGGGGCCCACUCCUAUAAGAGUUGCACAGCACCGUCUGCUCAGCCACACGACAGGCCGCUGACUGCUAGCACCAGCCUGGCCUCAGGGCAGCGAGUCCAGAAUCUUCAUGCCUAUCAGUCCAGCCGUCUCAGCUAUGACCAGCAGAAGCAGCAGCAACAGCAAGCCCUUCAGAGCCGGCACCAUGCCCAGGAAACCCUCCAUUACCAAAAUCUCGCCAAGUACCAACACUACGGGCAGCAAGGCACAGGCUACUGCCAGCCAGACUCAGCCGUCAGGACCCCAGAGCAGUACUACCAGACCUUCAGCCCCAGCUCCAGCCACUCACCUGCACGCUCCGUGGGCCGUUCACCUUCCUACAGCUCCACCCCUUCACCACUGAUGCCAAACCUGGAGAACUUUACCUACAACCAGCAGCCUCUCAGCACCGGGGCCUUUCCCACAGGUAUCACCGACCACAGUCACUUCAUGCCCUUGCUCAACCCCUCCCCCACUGAUGCCACCAGCUCUGUGGACACCCAGGCCGGCAACUGCAAGCCGCUGCAAAAGGACAAGCUCCCCGAGAACCUGCUGUCAGAUCUCAGCCUGCAGAGCCUCACAGCCCUGACCUCACAGGUGGAGAACAUCUCCAACACGGUGCAACAGCUGCUGCUCUCCAAGGCUGCCGUGCCACAGAAGAAGGGUGUCAAGAACCUGGUUUCCAGGACCCCAGAGCAGCACAAAAGCCAGCACUGCAGCCCAGAGGGCAGUGGCUACUCAGCUGAACAGGCAGGCACACCACUGUCGGAGCCACUGAGCAGCACGCCGCAGUCCAGCCACGCCGAGCCACCCGAGGCCGACUACCUGAGUGGCUCUGAGGACCCACUGGAGCGCAGCUUCCUCUACUGCAACCAGGCCCGCAGCAGUCCUGCCAGGGUCAACAGCAACUCGAAGACCAAGCCUGAGUCUGUGUCCACCUGUUCCGUGACCUCACCUGAUGACAUGUCCACCAAGUCCGAUGACUCCUUCCAGAGCCUGCACAGCAGCCUGCCACUUGACAGCUUCUCCAAGUUUGUGGCAGGUGAGCGGGAAUGCCCACGGCUGCUGCUCAGCGCCCUGGCACAGGAGGACCUGGCUUCUGAAAUCCUGGGGCUACAGGAGGCCAUCGGUGAAAAGGGUGACAAGGCCUGGGCCGACACGCCUAGCCUGGCCAAGGACACCAAUAAGCCACCUUUCUCACUGGAGAACCACAGCACCUGCCUGGACUCUGUGGCCAAGAACGCAUGGCCACGACCAGGGGAGCCAGAGGCCCUGCCCGAGUCCUUGCAGCUAGACAAGGGCAGCAACACCAAGGACUUCAGCCCAGGGUUGUUUGAAGACCCUUCCAUGGGCUUUGUUACCCCCGACCCCAAGAAGACAGCUGGUCCCCUCACUUUUGGUACCAAGCCCACCCUUGGGGCUGCCACUUCAGACCCCACUGCAGCAGCUUUUGACUGCUUCCCAGACACAACCACUGCCAGCUCAGCAGACAGUGCCAACCCCUUUGCCUGGCCUGAGGAAAACCUCGGAGAUGCUUGUCCCCGGUGGGGGCUGCACCCCAGUGAACUCACCAAGGGCCUAGAGCAAGGCGGAAAGGCCUCGGACAGCAUCGGCAAGGAGAACACUCAUGAGGCUUCCACUUGCCUGGGCUUCCAGGAGGAAGAGCCCCCUGGGGAGAAGGCUGCUGUGCCCCGGGACUCCAAGCAGGAGGAGGCAGGGGGCGUGAAGGAGGAGGCAGGAGGGCUGCUGCAGUGUCCUGAGGUAGGCAAGGCUGACAGAUGGCUGGAAGACAGCCGGCACUGCUGCUCUGCCUCUGACUUUGGGGACCUCCCGUUGCUGCCACCCACCAGUAGGAAGGAGGACCUGGAGGCCGAGGAGGAGUACUCGUCCCUGUGUGAGCUCCUGGGCAGCCCUGAGCAGAGGCCCAGCAUGCAGGACCCACUGUCACCAAAGGCCCCACUGAUGUGCACCAAGGAGGAAGUGGAGGAGGUGCUGGAUCCCAAGGCCAGCUGGGGCUCCCCAUGCCACCUCUCUGGGGAGUCGGUAAUCUUGUUGGGCCCUACUGUGGGCACUGAGUCAAAGGUCCAGAGCUGGUUUGAGUCCUCCCUGUCCCACAUGAAGCCCAGGGAAGAAGGGCCUGAUGGGGCACUGGCUCCGGGAGACCCUACCACCCUGACCUCGGAUGCCUCCUUGGCCCAGAAGCCAAAUAAGCCUGCUGUGCCCGAGACACCCAUUGCUAAGAAAGAACCUGUGCCACGUGGCAAAAGUUUACGGAGCCGGCGGGUGCACCGGGGGCUUCCUGAGGCCGAGGACUCCCCAUGCAGGGCACCAGCUCUGCCCAAAGACCUCCUGCUUCCUGAAUCCUGCACAGGGCCACCCCAGGGACAGAUGGACGGGGCAGGGGCCCCGGGCCGGGGGGCCUCAGAAGGGCUUCCUAGAAUGUGCACCCGUUCUUUCACGGCCCUGAGCGAGCCCCGUACACCUGGACCCCCGGGACUGACCACCACCCCAGCCCCCCCAGACAAACUGGGGGGCAAGCAGCGAGCUGCCUUCAAGUCAGGCAAGCGGGUGGGGAAGCCCUCCCCUAAAGCAGCAUCCAGCCCCAGUAACCCAGCCGCCCUGCCCGUGGCCUCCGACAGCAGUCCUAUGGGCUCCAAGACCAAGGAGACAGACUCUCCUGGCACUCCCGGCAGAGACCAGCGCUCUAUGAUCCUUCGGUCCCGCACCAAAACCCAGGAGGUCUUCCACUGCAAGCGGCGGCGGCCCUCAGAAAGCCGGGUCCCCAACUGCCGUGCUGCCAAAAAGCUCCUUGCCAACGACCAUCUGCCUACCACAUUCAAGGUCUCCUGCAGCCCCCAGAAGGAGGGCAGGGCCAGCCAGCGGGCAAGAGUCCCCAAGCCCGGUGCAGGCAGCAAGCUCUCUGAUAGGCCCCUUCACACACUCAAAAGAAAGUCGGCCUUCAUGGCACCAGUCCCCACCAAGAAGCGAAACCUGGUCUUACGGAGCAGCAGCGGCAGCAGCAGCAGCGGCAGCGGGGUGGACAUGAAGGAGGAGCCGGCUGAGGGCUCCCUGACCCUCUUCAAGAGGAUAUCUUCUCCCAAGAAAGCCAAGCCCACCAAGGGCAAUGGUGAGCCCACUGAGAAGCCCCUGCCCCCAGAAACCCCCGACACCUGCCUCAAGCUGGCCUCGAGGGCAGCCUUCCAGGGGGCCAUGAAGACCAAGGUGCUGCCUCCCCGGAAAGGUCGGGGUCUGAAGCUGGAAGCCAUCGUGCAGAAGAUCACCUCACCCAGCCUGAAGAAGUUCGCAUGCAAAGUGCCGGGGACCCCUUCUGGAAAUCCUCUGAGCCCAUCCCUCUCUGAGAAGGACCGUGGGUUCAAGAGCACUGGGGGCAGCCCGGUGGGAGCAGAAGAAGGUCUCUUAAACGUGGGCACCGGGCAGAAGCUCCCAGCAACUUCGGGGACUGACCCGUUAUGCAGAAAUACCCCCAACAGAUCCUUAAAAGGCAAACUCAUAAACAGUAAGAAAUUGUCCUCAACUGACUGUUUCAAAACUGAGGCCUUCAUGUCCCCAGAGGCCCUGCCGCCCAGGGGGACUGCCCUGGCGCCUAAGAAGAGAAGCCGGAAAGGCAGGGCUGGAGCCCUGGGACUCCCUAAAGGCCCUCUAGAGAAGCGGCCGCAUCUUGGCCCUACUCUGCUCCUGAAUCCCCGAGACAGGGCCAAUGGCAUGCAGGAUGGCAGUGAGGACAGCUCUGGUGGAGGAGGCAAGAAGCCAAAGAUGGAGGAGCUGGGCUUGGCCUCCCAGCCGCCUGAGGGCCGGCCCUGCCAGCCCCAGAUGAGAGCACAGAAGCAGCCAGGCCACGCCAACUACAGCAGCUAUUCCAAGCGAAAGCGCCUCACCCGGGGCCGGGCCAAGAACACCAACUCUUCACCCUGUAAGGGGCGUGCCAAGCGGCGGAGGCAGCAGCAGGUGCUGCCCCUGGAUCCUGCAGAGCCUGAAAUCCGCCUCAAGUACAUUUCCUCAUGCAAGCGGCUGCGGGCAGACAGCCGCACCCCGGCCUUCUCGCCCUUUGUGCGGGUUGAGAAGCGAGAUGCAUUCACCACUGUAUGCACUGUUGUCAACUCUCCUGGAGAGGAACCCAAGCCCCACAAAAAACCUUCGUCUUCUGCCUCCUCUUCCUCAUCUUCAUCUUCCCUGGAUGCGGCCGGGGCCUCCCUAGCCACGCUCCCUGGAGGUUCUGUCCUGCAGCCACGUCCCUCCCUGCCCCUCUCCUCCACCAUGCAUCUGGGGCCUGUGGUUUCCAAAGCCCUGAGUACCUCUUGCCUUGUUUGCUGCCUCUGCCAAAACCCGGCCAACUUUAAGGACCUCGGGGACCUCUGUGGGCCCUACUACCCUGAACACUGCCUCCCCAAAAAGAAGCCAAAACUCAAGGAGAAGGUGCGGCCAGAGGGCAUCUGUGAGGAGGCCUCACUGCCCCUGGAGAGAACAUUCAAAGGCCUCGAGUGCGCAGCUGCUGUUGCCAUUGGAAAACCCCCCAAAUCAGAUGGCCCAGCUGACCCAACCAAGCAGGGCUCACUGCGCACCAGUGCUCGGGGCCUGUCCCGGAGGCUACAGAGUUGCUACUGCUGUGAUGGUCGGGGGGACGGUAGUGAGGAGGUAGCCCCAGCCGACAAGAGUCGCAAGCAUGAGUGCAACAAGGAGGCACCAUCAGAGCCUGGUGGGGACACCCAGGAGCACUGGGUGCAUGAGGCCUGUGCCGUGUGGACGGGCGGGGUCUACCUGGUGGCCGGGAAGCUCUUUGGGCUACAGGAGGCCAUGAAGGUGGCUGUGGACAUGACUUGUUCCAGCUGCCAAGAAGCUGGGGCCACCAUCGGGUGCUGCCACAAAGGAUGCAUCCACACCUACCAUUACCCGUGUGCCAGCGAUGCGGGUUGCAUAUUCAUCGAAGAGAACUUUUCUUUGAAAUGUCCCAAGCAUAAGGUCCACGACCAUCAAUAACGGGAGGUCGGGCGUGAACUCUUCUCCUGCAGAGGCUGCCGUUGUAACCCACCCCAACGGCUGGAGAAGCCGCCGGAGCCCGCUUGCCCGCCCGCCGCCGAAGGAGAGGGGCCGCCUGUGCAGCCCCCGGGCCUUUGAGAUGCUCCCAACGCGGGUCUAGAGCCGAUCCUUGAUCCGGACCCCGGAUCUUGGAUCUGGCUGCCUAAGGCUGAAACGUGUGGUCCCGGGUUGGGAAGAAAACACGUUCAGGAGCCGCCUGCUCCUGGAAUCGGACGACACAGGGCGUUCCUGCCCUCCCCCCACCACUCACCCAGGCCAGGCUUGGAAAGGGGGACCCCGCGGAGCAGCCAGACUCCUUGGGGCACCCAGUUUCCGGCGGGAGUGGGAGACGCCUUUAGCCUGGGGACACGUUUCUCCACUGGAAGUUCCAAGACAAGGUGGCACACAUAAUACUUGGGUGCUGCAGCCACUCCAGUCGGUCGUGGUAUGCAGCUGGGCGCCCUGAGGGUGGGGGUCCAAAAUGGCCCUAGAAGUUGCAGAAGGCGGCUCCAGGCUCAUUGAAGGGAGGGGAGGGAGCUAUAGGCGAGUGAAGCUGAAGCCUUUCUAGAGAGGGCUAGGCGGUCUGGAAGUAGGGGAUAGGGGGAGCAGGCCGGAGGCUUUGGAGCAAACCAUUCAGAAGGCACCCAAGCGCCCUUCUCACCCAGCAUUUGCCAAAACCUUGGGGUUUGGGCAGAGCCAGGGAGUCUGGGGCCCAACGUGAGGGGAUGGAAACUCCCUGGGUGUAGGUGGGACUGGGGCACCCCUUUGGCUUAUGUUCAUCCCUUUUCCAAUCCCCUACCCUGGAGCCCAGUCUGGGAGCGCAAAAGGGAAGAAGUCUCAACCAGAGCGCACCCCCAGCGGACGCGUGAUCUUCCCUCUCUGCACGACCACCCCCAUCCAGGGACCGCAGCACCUAUUCAGCACGGGAGCAGAGACAGCGCUAGAUUCGUGUACAAACCUGUGUACCCCUCUAUAUAUGUUACAUAGAAUGUAUAUAUGUUGGGAACAUGCUUGCUUCUGUGUGUCGCUGCCAUGCGUCCUGCGCCCCUCAGCACGGGGCCCUAGCUGGGAAGGGGACCACACGAUGCUCCCCUUACCCUAAAAGCCACCACCGGCCCAGGCUAGUCCCUGCCAGUAUGUCUGCCUGUCCGUCUUUGUCCUCAGCUCUGUCCACGCUUCAGUAGUCCUGAGGCAGCCCCCAGACCGGGGAACCCUAGCAACUUCCUGUACAUAUGACUGUAAAAUGGUAAACGUGUGUAUUAUAUCUGGCCUCGUUAUAUAGUGUAUAUAUAUGUAUACAUAUACAUAUAUAUAAUAUAUAUGAAGACUGUAAAUGUUAAGACUAGUGUUCUUAUUAGUAUAUUGCUUCACACUGAAGAUUGUGUGUAUUGAGCUGUUUCUAAAAGAUGUUUAUUUUCCUUAAGAGUAAAAAACAGUCAUUGCAUUCAGAGAAAAAAAGUCAAUAAAGAUACAGCGAUUGUUUUGGAA